AUGCCUCCAAAAAAGCCCACAACCCUCAAAGAACCUGUUGCUGCACCUACCAACAUUACAAUGGUGCGUGCUAGCAAGAGAAAGGCUGCUGAAGAGCCUAGAAUAGCCGCAGUGCCACCACCUGCCUCCAAAAGACGCGGGAGGUCGAAGAAUACUGCUGAAGUACCGAUAGAGGGUGAGGCCAUUGCAGAUGAGCCACCGAUAGCUGCUAUUGCAAGGAUGCCAAGAGUAGAUGCAGUUCGGCGCAGCCCACGGCCUCAGCGUGCAGGCCGGAAUAUAGAUCCAACAGGAAAGCAGGCAAAGGCUGAGAAGGCAGCAGUAAAGCGAGCCCAGAAGCUUGAGAAGGCUAAUCAACGACAACUUCAGAAAGAGAAAGCUGAAGCAGCACAGGAUGAACUUGUGGCGAUGGAGGUGGAUGAGUCCUUCACUCAGACAGCUGAGCGCGCCCACCGUGUUCGCCGCAUAUCGGAUAUGGUUCGCCCUGCCCAAAUUGAGAGUGAUGGAGGCGAGUUUGCUGGUUUGACAGAGAUGGUGUUUAGCGACGACUCGGAUUCGUCACCUGAAGACGAUGAAUCUACCAAUGCUAAGACAAGAAUCCCCACAAAUGUCAAGAAACCUGCCAUUCGAGCGCAAGUUGCAGCACGGAAGCCAAGUGCAAAGAAGAGAGGGACUGGCAAAGUAGCUCAACCGGUUGCAUCCGGCCUGAAUGCAGCCUGGUUGGCCAACUUGGGAAAUAAUUUACCACAAGUGUCACCCAAUCGAGUUGUUACUGCAAUUGAUGAUGAAGCGGCCGACUCAACGAGGCCUGAUUUUCCACCGUCUCCAUUGAAGUUCAAUCGAAAUGCUGCCAAUGCCACGAUUGCCAAAGCAUCGCAGCGUAAUCUGCAAAGAACCAACACACUUGUCUCGGUGCCUAUGAAUGUCACAAUGGACCCUCCAACGGAACGCAAACCAAAUACCCGGAACGUUGUCAAGCCAGCUUCGCAGCACAAGGUGACUGCCAACCCUCAACCGAGAACACAUACUAGUAGAACAGGUAUCAAGCAUGCAUCGGCAUCGGUGACAUCAGAUCGUGCAGCAAAAAAGGAGACGGCGGGUACUGGCGCUGACAGCAUUUUCGCAAUGCCCAAGGGAACCUUGUUGGUCUCUGCACUGCCGUCGAUUAUCUCAUUCUUCCGAGAGCGCUACUUUUCAACCAUCUAUAGUGGGCUAUAUGCCUCAUCCAAACCAUUUGACGACUUUAUGAAGGGUUCACCCGCAUUCCUUGAACUGUCACGCACCGCGUUCAAGACGAUAUGGCCAGAUGUUCAUUAUGAACUUGAACCAGAUGACACUCUCUACCUUAUACAGUGGGGACCUGAUAGCAUCAUUGCAUGGGUCUCGUACUUCUGCAAAACAUAUGGGAGCCCAAUCUUCUACGAAAAACCAGUUCCGAGGGAUGGUUCAUGGAAUCCAAAGGAUCCCAAUUACGAGCCACCUUCUGGGUUUUUACGAUCCCCCGCCAUGAUUGAGUUGGGCCGCCGUUUCCUCCGAGAUCGUGACACAGCGGCACUUGACUUCGGUCCCCCUCGUGGCCUAUUUGUGUUGCUACUCACAUCGUUUGAGAAGGCCGUUCGCUCCCAUAAAACGGGCCAAUACGUGGGCACUGACUUUAACGAGAAGACAUGCGGCCUCUGGGUCAAACAAUACAAUAAAAACUUCGAUUCGAAGUCGGAUGAAUGGUGGGAUAGAGUUUUGGCCCCGUAUUGCGACACCUCCGAUGUUGAAGAAGAUGUUGAAAUGUCAAUGCUUGAUGAAGGCCGUGCAAUGUUGCCAAUGUCUCCUUAG